CCCGCUGGAAGCUCCGCCCCUCCAGGGGGAGAACGCCGGGGACAGCGGGUUUCCCUUCCGGAGUAUUCGCCGUACCCCCCCACCUGGCGGGUUCGCUUCCGGCUCCGUCCGGGGCCCCGUCUGUGGCGCUGCUGCCGAGGGGAGCGCGGGGCUCAUGGAGCCGUGGCUGUGAGGCGCCCCCGGCCCGGGCCCAUUGUGGGAGCCGGGCGGAGGCCGGAGCCGGGAGCCUCCGGAGCCGGAGGAGAUGGACAAACUGACCAUCAUCUCAGGAUGCCUCUUCCUGGCCGCCGACAUCUUCGCCAUCGCCAGCCUGGCGAACCCGGACUGGAUCAACACCGGCGAGUCUGCGGGUGCUCUCACAGUUGGCCUUGUGCGACAGUGUCAAACCAUCCAUGGACGUGACAGGACCUGUAUUCCUCCACGGCUGCCUCCUGAGUGGGUCACUACGUUAUUUUUCAUCAUUAUGGGAAUCAUUUCACUUACUGUCACAUGUGGUUUGCUGGUGGCUUCCCACUGGCGAAGAGAAGCUACUAAAUAUGCCCGCUGGAUAGCUUUCACUGGAAGCUUAGCCCAACUGUGAAAUGGUGCCUUAAUGGUGGGGAUGACUGCAUGAAAAAACUCAAAACCUGAGGGCUUUAAAAUUGCCUUGAAUUAUGACAUACCACUAAAGGUAGUGUGAAUGCUAACUAGAAAAUGCAAGUUUGUGGUUUCCACAGGCAUAAAUAACUCUGUGGCAUCUGUGACAUCUAAUGAUAUCUACUAUGAAUGAGAUUUAAGCUUGUUUUGGGGAAGGGGAUAAUAUAAAGAAGCACUUAGCUUCAAAAAAGGUACUUCACUGAGGCACUUGUACAAUCAAAUCCAUCCUUCUGACAACUUUGCUACACAGCAUAUUAAAGUACCAGUGCAGCUCUUGCAGACAAUGGAGCUAUUGAAAUGCUGUAUCCGUUGUGAUUGACUUCAGUUUAUUUUCUGGUGAAAGAUUAAAAUGGCAGACAAGAGUAUUACUGAAUAUUCCAUCCCAAGUUUUCCAGUACCCUUGUUUGUACGUACAUAUUUCAUGUAUGUCUAAUGUAUGCAGGGAGGGUUUAAACUCAAAAUGUCAUAUAAAAUUAGGAUGUUUACAGUAAGCUGAAGUCAAAGCUCUAGAGUAAAAUGAAUUUUUGGACUACUGUACAUCAACAGUUAAUAUCACAAUAUAUUUACGAAGGGUUUUUUUCCUUAAUUCAGAGCUUGUAUUUUGGGCUUUACAUAUUGCAAUUUUUUAAAAUAUCUCCAAUUGUAACAUCCCUGCAUUUCAGUUUUCUACAACUGUGAUGGUUAGUUCAGCCAAAAAGCCUGGUACUCUAAAGCUGGGUUCUUUUUCUGUAGAUCUCUUUAGGCUUGCCACAGAUCCAUUAUUGGAAGACUAAAUAUAGAAGGACACUUUUAUUUCAGCACUUGCCUUUUUGUUAUAAGAUGUUUAAUAGUGAAACAUACCGAUCUUUUCUCUUGCAAGUCAGUUAUUCAUAAUUCUAUUAAGAUACAAUCUCUGCGUCGCUGAAAUUCUAAAAUUCAACAUCUUGAGUAGUCAGCUUCAACACAUACAGCCGUGACCUUUGUAUUCCAGUUAAUGAUGAUGGGAAAUACUAUUGCUUAACUUGCAAGAGAAGACACUUAAAAAACCCAAAAUGAAAGGGAGGAAAAGUUCUGUGUUUUUCAUUUUUCAAAAAAGUUGAUGUGACUUCUGUGUUUCAUUAGAUGGCCACAAAAAUUAGUAACCUACAUGUAGAUCAGUAUUAGGAAACCGCGUGGAGUCAAUCUGGAAUACCAUGAACAGGUCCCUCCUGUGAAGUGCCAGCGCUGGAAGAUGAAAACAUGUAGAAGGGGGGUAGGGAAAACAUAGUUGUAUUACAUCCCUUCUGCAAGCAGUUUCAAGACUCAUCAGCUUAGCACAGGCUGCUAGCAGAUAUUCUUCCCACAGAACUUUCUGAACACAACAUAGGAUGUGCUAUCCUAGGCAGGCAGGGAAGUCUGCUGGGACUGCCAAAGGCAGCUCUGGGACUGGCAGUUCCAUUCCCUUUGAAUGCAAGGGGUCUAGAGUAAAUCAUCUAAAGGCAAAGGAAUCCUCUUGCUCAGUCCUUCCCUUGCAACUCUGAUAGCAGCAAGGAGAGCCUGAUAAGAAGUCACUCUUUCCCAGUUCAUGCUGGAAUUUACAUGGCAAUGGGUAGUUCAUAUUUUUCAUGGAAUUUCUGCUUGUAAUCUUGUCACCUUGAGUGACUUCAGAUUUUUUCAACCAUGUAUUUACAAAUAUGAAUUACUGCUGAAGCAGUAUUGUCUGUCUUGGUUAGCUAUGGGACACAUGAAGGACAGAGGUUUGAUCUGUCAGUUCUCUUUCCAGUAUACACUUCUAAAGGGAGGCAUCUGAGAGAGUAUUUACUAGCACAGUGUUUGCAUCCUUCCCCAGCCGGGUGAUUUUACUGCACAGAAACUUGUCUUUCUGGUUUCUCUGUGAAACAGCUUUGUAGAAAGGAGAGAUGUUUCCUUCUUCCAGGUAAUAUUGUGUGAGUGACAGAAGCCUUCUAAAGGCAAAUGUGAAAUUUUACCUUCAAUUUCUGUAGAGUUUUUCAAGAAUCACAGUAUUCUUUCUGGUGUGAUAGGUAUUGUCACUUUGGGCAUAGUUUCGUCAAAACUAGCACUGGUGUCUGGGUCCUGUUUAGUACCAAAUUCAUACAGUGUAAUGGAGAUUAGAUUCCUUCUUCGUGUUCAUUCCUUGGCUGUUGCAGGAAUUCACAGAGCUCCCACAAGAUCCGUUUACAUCUUACACAGAUUUUGGUCUCUUACCAUCUGCUACAACUAGAAAAGGAAUUAAUUCUGUGUCUGCUACCACUGAAUGAGAUGCUUCUCUGAGAUGUGUCAGGGGAGGGGAUGCUGGACAGAAAAAUAUUUCUGCUUUUUUUCAAGCAUUUACCAGAUAGUCUAGUAUUCUUUUGCCAGGGGAUUUCAAUGUUGAUGAGUAUGAUGGCCUUGGGUUUUGGAAUGCAAGUAAAAAUGGGGCAGAGAAAUCACAUUUUUAAUUAACCACAGCUAUCCUGUAAACGUCUAUCCCUGGUGUUCCCCAGUGAUAAAGUGCUGCUUGAGUUACUACAGAUUUGUGCCAGGUGCUGCUUUCUAUGUUACCCAUCUCUAAAGAGACAAGCAGGUAUUACAAUGAGGCCUCUAAAGACUAGACCAUAGCUUUUUCCUUCUUUUAAUAUGAUGUAUCCUGGAUUUUUGAAGUUAUCAUUGGAUGCUCAAAACAAUUUCAAGCUAAAGAAUUACAGGAACUAGAUCUUUUUGUGACAGCCACCAUCCAGAAGCAGUCUAGAAAUUAUUGUGUUUUGUUACCUAAAUAUUUUUGUUAGUAGAAAUCGUAGUCAUUAAAUGCCUUUUCUGCAAAUUUUCCUACCCAAGGAAGAAUUUUAAAUCAAAAGCAACUACUCUUGAGGAAGAGGUUCUGUAUGGGUUGCUGGGAAUGUUUCUGGAAAUUCACUGAGUUGGUACUGCCAGAUAUGGAGAGUUGUAUUUGGGCUAUAGCUUGUGUAAGAAAUUCCUAUCCUCUAGCUUACAAAUCUCCUUCAUAGAAAAUACACUAAUUAAUUGACCACUUCAUAUAUUGGAUUUUCUCCUUAUUUUCUUUCCUUUUUUAUAUUGGAUUUUCUCCUUAGCUGCUGCUUAUUAAAAUGAAUUUAUCAUGCAGUCUUUUCUUAAUGACUUGCCAAACCUUUGCCCUAAUUCCUUUGCCAGGCUUCCUAAUCCGAGAGAGACUUUGAUGAAUCCAUUUUUUAUUUGCUAUUUCAGUAGACUAAAAAAUUCAGACCACACUAAGAAAAUUGCUUGGACACCCCCAUAGCAGAACAUGUGCGCUGUGAGGAUGCAGAGUGGAAAAGAUGGCUGGUUACUUGUGUAGUGAAUGUGUGAAAUGUGGGUGCACAUCAGCAUUCUGCACACACAGAAGUUAUUUUUUGGUCCUGCUAUGAACUGAUGGAGAGUUGAGGUGCCUGCACGCUUCUGCCCCCGAGCAGAACACAAGGAGACACCAGGCACACACUCCACAGUGCCACUAGCAGAUUGCAGACCUGGUGUGUUAUGUCCAACACACCUCAAAGAACAGCGGUUUAGUAGAGAGGAUUAAAGAUCUGUUCUUCAGCCAUAUCCAUGAGUCCAUCAGAACUUUUCCAGCUGUGUGGUUUUUGAAUAUAAUAACAGAGAUUUAAUCUUGGAAGUGCAGGUUGUUUUCUGAAUCCUGAAGCUAUUUCCUGUGUUAAAAUGUUGCAGAAGUUUUGUAAAUAACUGGAAUGCUUAUCAGGGACUAACUGGAUGUAACAGGAAGCGUGCUGAGUUAUAAUGUGACUUACCCUGGGAAUAUUGUUCAGAUUGUUACUUAUUAUACGUGUGUGUUACUAUUACACAUCAACCUCUGUUUUCUGGACUACUCAAGCAUGGAGCUCUUCUAUGCUUACACAGGUGUGCUCAAGAAGCACAUACCCAAGCUUCCUCUCCUCAGAUAGACCAGCUGUUGGUUAAGAUACAUUUGAAAGAAGGGAGACAUUCUUUAAGGAUUAGAUUGUGGAGUGUGGAAUUUCAUGGGCCAAUAAUCAUGU